UUAGCUGUGAUUUGGUCACAGCUAAUCACAUGACAUGUGCAUGUGAUUAGCUGUAACCAUUCACUGCUAGGCAGUAGUAUACAAUGGAUGGCAUGAAUGAAGCCAUCCAUUGUAUACAACUGUCAUGUGACCUGCUGUGAUUGGUCACAGCAGGUCACAUGGUACCAGCAACAGGGCCGAUACUCAGAUCUGUCAUCGGCCGUGUCCGAGAGGACACAGUGGGCACCGGAUCACGGUUCUGCGCGCUCCUAGGGAGCGCGCACAAGCAGGGUGCGGGGAGGCUGUUUAUAA